UAGAGAUGUGAACGCAUCUUCUUAAACGAGUAAGGAACCCAAUUAAUUGGUGGAAGAGGCUGAAAUACGCUGCAGUAUUUAAGGAUGAAGUUAGAUAUUUUUACCUAUUACCUGCAGUAUGUGAUUCUAUUUUGGGAAAUUAUCUCUACGAGUUGUAUACGGUGGGUCUGAACUGUGACUUGUGAUGCUUGUUUAACCUGAGCCGAAUAAUAUUUGCAUAUGUUGAGCGGAGUGUUCUUUAAAUAACCAUUUGAGUACGCGCAGAUUGCGUUUACUGUCUCAAUUGCCAAUUGUCUGACUUGUAUACAUGAAAUUGCUGUUAGAUCCUGAUACCAAAAAUGGAACAGGGUUGGCUCAGCACCAAUGGCACUAUAUAAGGAGUACCAAAGUACCCAUCCCAGGCUCCAUGUCCUAAAUAACUGUACGUCCCAAAGUUAAUUCAGACAAUCGCUUUUAAAUCCAUCAUAAUGCGUGCGCAGUCGUUUAUUCCAAUCCUGGCCAGUUUGUCCUUUGCCAAUGCACUCUACUCCAACACAACAAGUUCAGAGGAGAUCAUCUCCAGUGAAAGUGAUGAGUCAACCACUACAAUCUGGGGAAUCUCAACUGUCACAGUGACGAAUGGUACAGUUACCAGCUACACAACGUACUGUCCAUUGACUACAAUCACUUGUACCCACACCUGCGACUAUGAAAUUCCAGAGACUGUCACCACCAUCUGGGACUACUCGACUUGUACUACUGAGAUUGAAGGUACUGUUACAACAUACACUACCUAUUGUCCAAUUACCACUGAGACUCUGACUAUAACAUCUUGUGACGAAACUGGGUGCCAUGUUGAGACACCAAAGGAAACAACCACCAAGGGGACAACCACUGAAGGAACAACGACUAAGGCUCCUUCAGAAGAGACCACAUUGACCUCGGCAACUACAGGAACAACAACUGAGUCUCCAAAGGAAACCACAUCAAAGGAGACCACCUCUGCUGAAACCAAAACCACAGAGGCGUUGAGUACUUAUUCUGUAGCCACGAAUGAAAACUUGGGCUUCAAGCUCGGUAUGAGCGCAAUGGGCUUGGUUGCAGCUCUCUUGGUCUGAUAGAUGGGCCCCUUAUAGCUUCCUAUUUCCGUCUUUUUUGUCGAUUCUC